GAUUCAGUAUUUUAAGUUUGCCUUGCAGUUGAAGCAUGAGAAGCUGCGAGAAGGAUGAGAGUGCAAGUGAAACCUCCUCAUUGAACGAAACAUCCAAUCAGAAACCACUUCCUGUUUGGGUCGACCACACCCCUACACCUGACGAUACCAGUUCGACAGGAGGGACAUCCAGCACUAGUCCUUACCCAUCCAAGAGCGAUCCCAAGUCUAGCCUCAAAAGCCGACUUCAAAGUCUUCUACGCCUAAAUAAAAAAACUGAAAAUGAUGAGUCCGAUGUUAGCGCUAGCGGUUUCCAAAUUCUCCCAAACGGAACCCGAGUUAGCCCUCCGGUUAGCCCAUUACUUGGAAGAAAGCAUGACCUUUAUCAAAGCGAUUCAAGUCAAAAUUCCGAUAAGAAUUUUUUGAGGUAUGAACAAGAAGAUUCAUUACUUACCAGUAUCCACCCGGCAGAAUAUUACGCUGAAAAAGUUGAGAUUUACAACUUGAAAUACGCCUAUUUAAAGUCAUGGCCAGGUUUGCUAAGACUGCUAGCUGGAUUGGAGCUCCUUUUUGGCGGGAUGGUCUUUGCAUGCAUCAUUGCGUACAUCCAAAAAGACAGCGAAUGGUCCAACGCGUAUGGGAUUUACAACGGAGCGUACAACAACGGAUAUGGGAUUUCUGGAUACAGCUAUCGCGGGCCAAUGACGCCGUUUGUACUCGCGAUAACCGGAGUUUCUUGGAUCAUAACAUUUGUUCUUUUGGUUGCCGGAAUGACGAUGUACUACCGGACGAUUUUGCUUGACUCCCGCUGGUGGCCACUGACUGAAGCGUUUGUAAAUGUAACGAUGUUUUUGUUGUACAUGUCGGCUGGGAUUGUGUACCUGAAUGAUUUGAACCGCGGAGGGCUGUGCUUCUCGACGAUUGGGGUGAAUCCGAUCAUGGCUAGCCUGUGUCGGGUGGAGGGAGGGCAGAUGGCGGGAACGGCCUUUAUUUUCAUCAACAUGGUUCUGUACCUGGGUAGUUUCCUGGUCUGUUUGAAGAUGUGGAGACACGAGGCAGCGAGGAGAGAGAGGGAAUACUGUCUAAAUGAGCCCAGUGAUGUUCCAAACUCGAUACCACUGGUCCCACACAAACCAAAGCAGAUUUCCUUCAGGGACCAAACAGAGACAGACCACAGUAAAAGUGUGAAUGGUCCUGAGGCUCAAAGACCUCCAGUGAAAAGCAUCAUCAACAAAAGUGGAGCAACAAAGACGUGCAUCAUCGCAGACUACAUCAUGAAGUACCCAGAGAUCACUUGUUUGGAGCAGAGAGAGGAGUACCGUGCUGUGUUUAAUGACCAGUACCAGGAGUACAGAGACCUGCACCGCCACAUUAGCCUGACCCUCAGCAAGUUCAGACAGCUAGACAUGCUAAUGGACAAACUGCUCAGGGACAGCACACAGAAUCCACAAAGGAUACAGAGCCUAUUACAAACGUUAGAAGAGAAAAAGAAUGAUCCAACAUUCUGGGAGAAAAAGCAACGUUGUGAUUAUCUAAAGGCCAAACUCAGCCAUUUGAAAAGCAGAAUUCACACUUUUGACCAAACUCUGACUCUCCUCUCCUCCACCAUGUACGACCCUCGUCACUACGACAGCCCCCCUCUGUACAGCCCCCAGUACAGCAUCAGCCCCAGCCUGUACCCCCCCAGGAGCGUGCACUCGCCCCCAGCCCGCUAUGUGGACUACCGCUACUCCCUCCCCGACGGCUACUACACAGAGGAGCGGCCGCAGCACUUCUACCGCUGGUUCUCUCCGCCCGGCAUCGUCAAGAUCCUUCAGGGAGCCACCGUCCUCAUGUGCUUCCUGAUCUUCGCCUGCGUCGCUUCCACCCUGGUCUGGGACAUGAAUGGGUUUGGGUACGGGGGGUAUGUGGGGGUGAGCGGGGGAGGGGUGGCGGGGUCAGGGCCCGGGUACUACGGGGGCAGUUACGGGUACGGUGGGUCCUACAUGACGCCGCACGCAGCCAAGUCGGCCAUGAUCACCGUAGCAGCAGUGAACUUCCUGGUGUCCCUGGGCUUCCUGGUUGGUAGCUUCUCACGCUCCAGAGCCAUGAGAGGUUGUAGGUUCUAUCUCACAGUGUUCAUCUGCGACAUCAUACUGGCCGUGCUGCAGGGCAUCAUCGACAUCAUCUUUGUGAUUGGAGUGAACCCCAUGUCCCAGAGCUCUCAGAGUAUGCUCUACAACCCCAUGCUGAUGAUGUGCCAGAGCAACCCCGGCAGCCCCAGUCUGAGCGCUGCAGCUGGAGGAAGCUUCCCAGGAGGAUACCCCAUGUACUCCCAGUACCUCCACCACUACUGCUACAUGGACCCAGAGGAGUCUGUGGCUCUGGUGCUGGGUCUGAUGGUGGUCCUGGCCCUGUCCUUAGCCGCGUACUACUCAUACAAAACCCGCAGCAAGAUCUGGAGACACGGCAAGUCCAACAUCAUAUGGGACCAACCGCAGAGGGCACGAGCAGACAGCCCAGACCUCCAGCACUGGGGCGACCAGACCAGAGACUCCAGGAGCACGCAGCAAGCCCCCACACUGGUCAUCUCUGAGACCACUGCUCCAGACCUCAGACUGGAGAACUGUCCGGUCUCCUAUGGCAACCGCACCGUCUCCCAUGGCAACCAUAGCGUUUCCCAUGGCAACCACAGCGUCUCCCAUAGCAACCCAACAGGCAGCGUUCAGAGCGAAGAAAAUUACAACUGCAACAGUGUGUCUGCAGACAGCAGUGCUCGUCGCAGUACCAAGCCUCACCACCAGAGCCCCGCCCCCCUCUGCAGCAGCGACUCAGACAUGACCCAGAGCACCCGGAAACUCCCCGAGAAGAGGUCCCACAGAGCACCGAGCCAGGAGCCCCCCAAAAACCACAGAGCACCGAGCCAGGAACCCCCUAUGCCCCCCAGGCCGCCUGCUGAGGACCUGGUGGAGUCCCAGUGGGAGACGGGUUACACCACCGGAGGAGACACGGGCAACGAGCUGGACCAAGACCUCUCACAACAUCUGUUCAGGCAGUACCCGGCGAUCAUCAGCGACGAGCAGCGGCGCCAGUACAAACGGGAGUUUGACUCAGACCUGGCCCAGUACAAGAGCCUCUGUGCGGACAUGGACGACAUCAGCGACCAGAUGCACAAGCUGAGCCGCGAGCUGGACAUACUGGACCCCUCCUCCAUCAAGUACCAGGGAGUAGCAGAUGAGUACAACAGACUGAAGGACUUAAAAAGAACAGCAGAUUACCAAGCCAAGAAGAAACAAUGCCGAGAACUUAGACAAAAACUCUUCCAUAUCAAACGUCUGGUGAAGAACUACGACCAGGGCAUGUGCUGACCCCACAGUAUGAACUCAACUCUGUAGUUCUGGUUUGAACGGGUCACCUGACGAACAACACAUUUAUGUCUGUUUACUGUUCAUGUUGAAAAGGGAUGCACCGACAUGAUAGUGGUAAUAUCGGCACAAAAAAAAUGAGCUGCGCUGAGUAUCGGUUCCAUUUUAUCAGUUCAGCUGAUAUCCUCUUUGGGCCGAUAAAUGAUGUAAUAAGACUAUUAACAGGCUGAUUUUGGCCUAGAUGUCUCAUAAUGUUUAAACUUUUAGUCAUACGAAGGUUGGUAACUAAUCAUUUGAAGGAUAAAAAGUUACAGUUACAUUACACAGUGUGAACUGUGUUUUAAGGAAAAUGUGUAAUUUUCUAUCCCCACACUGAUGUUGGUUAAUAUCGGGGAUCAGCAGAUACUUUGAUUCAAAGUAUGAAUAUCGGUCUCGGUAACUGAAAAAGCUGGAUCGGUGCAUCCGUAAUGUUAAAGACAUUAUAUUACCUCACAUCAGUUAAAGGUCCUAUAUAAUGCACUACUCUGGUUCAUAAACUACUUUUGGAUCUGCUUUGGCAUUUCAUGUUUAGAUUAGAAAAGGAAAUUAGGUUUUAUAUGUGUCAAAUACAACUGACGAGCACACUGUGUCGAUAUUUUUACAUGCAAGGCAGUAAAACACCAGCAGAUGGGGUAAAGACUCCAUCUGCUGACACACUGAGAAGUUUAGUAGUAAAGUGAACUAAAGUAGCUCGUGAUGAAGUUGCUUCACUUCAAAGGUUAUCUUUGAAGUGAGGCUGAAGGCAGAGUGUAAGCUUUGUAAUUUGUAAUGAUCCAAAGGCGCCUGAUGGAGGUGUGUGGACUAUAAAAACAUGAAGGAGCAAUCUGGGUUAUGACCUGAUGAGUGUUUUGAGCUCUCACAGGGGAGACAAAAUAUGAUAGUGGAAACAAAACAAAGUGUUUUCAAUGAGGAAAACAUGAUUAAAGAAAACAUUUUAUGUCUCUUCUAGUAUUUAAUAAUAAACUGUCACAUAAGUCAGAUCAAAUUUUACAUUGUGUUCAUGGUAAACCACAAUAUUGAGUUCAUUAAUGACUCCUUAAUAGAAACAGGUCCAUUGACUUUCUGUUCAAAACUGCAAAACCGAUUCUCAUUUGCUGGUCCCACUUCUUCAUAAUGGAGUUUCAUCGUAGCAAGCAACAGAUUUUCACUUUUGUGUUUAUUUUUGACAUUUUUUAACCCUGCAUAUAUGACCCUGUGUACUUUUAUGAAUAAUCUUAAGAGCAGUGGGCGGGGAUAAGAGGUAGGUAAAAACAUAAAUGUUCACACUCAAGUCUCAGGAUGACACAGGAUCAAAUAUGAAUCAAUCAAUCAAAAUACAACUGUGACUAAGCUAAUGAUGAGGCAACACUCUUAUAACAUAAUCAAAGGUCCUUGCGUGAGAUUGUAGCCAUGUUAUAAUGUUGUUACCUCCUCAAAAACUUGGGAGUUGUGUUUUGUUUCAUUCACACAUGUUUGAGUAACGCUUUAUUAUUAGUCUGUCUACAUCUCCAAAGCUCAAAAUGCUCUGUUCCACCUUGUGAUGUGAUGAAGUAGUUUUCAAAUUAACAGCUACCUUUUACCUUUAGUUCAGCGGUGAUGGGCUGAACUCAUCCAAAUGAUUCUAGUGAAGGUGAAUGGAGUUUAAAAACACAGUGGAGCACUUCCUGUAUUACCACUUGACAUCACAAGGUGGAACAGAGUGUUUUCUGCUUGAGAGAAGAACUCAGACUAAAUAUGCAGUUUGUGUGUUAAACAUGUGUGAAAGAAACAAAAGUCCAGGUAUGUUUUUGAUGAGGAAACAACAAAACAGAUCAGAAAAUAGUACAGUGUGGGUCCUUUAAAUGCUUGUAAAUGUCAGUACCAUUUAAGAGGUAUUUUUUUGGCACACACACAGCCAAGAUUGUUUUGAUACAGGUGGACCGUGCAUUUCUGUGACAAUCCACCUGUCAAUCAUAUCAAACUGGAAAAUAUGAUUAACCCAAGAAAAAUAUCUGUGUAGUAGGCAUAAUAUAGGACCUUUAAGAAAUACUCUAAGGUAAUUUUAACUGCAUGAUUCCAUCCAGUAUUUACAAUUUAUUAACCAACUCUGAAUCUGAAAAUGUGUUUUUAAAUGCUCUCGGGAUAAACACACAAAAGCUGGUCGUACAUGUC